GGCUCAGUCGCCAACUACACAGCUUCCUUCCCAUUUUGCUCGUCAUCACGCAGCAGUGAUCAGCAUACAACAAGCCCAACAGUUACAUCACAAUUAGACUCAUCCUUGAAACGCAGCCAAGCUUGAUCAAUGCCGCCAAGACGGUCGACGCGAGUCAAGGCACAGACCAGCGCACAGGCCGGCGAGGAGACGGCCGCACUGGCAAACCUGCAUCUGUAUGCCCACGGCCAUCACGAGAAUGGUGAUUAUGGCGAUGAUGAUGGUCAUGGCGACGACCACGACGACGACGACGACGAGGAGAGCGUCCAGGGCCAUGGGCGUGGACGCAAGCGCCGCGCGAAUGGUGCCGCCGCAGGAGCCCGACCUGGUCGCCGAGCUCAACAGCCGCGAGCCACUGCUGCUGCUGCUGCUGCUGCAUCGCGCAAGAAGUCACGAGUGGACGAUGAUGCACCAUUCUCGGAAGCUACUUGCACCGCUUGGUUUGAGCAUUACAUGUCGAUCGAUCCCGAUGAAUCAGGAAAGAUGGGACCCGGAGGAGUUGAACAGUUUUGCGCCGACAUGGAGCUGGCCGCAGACUCGCUGGCGGUACUGGUCAUUGCUUGGACGCUGGAAGCUGCUUCCAUGGGUUACUUUUCGUCGUCCGAGUGGGUGACUGGCAUGAAGAGCAUUCAAUGCGACUCGAACGCCAAACUCAAGCGUGCGCUACCGGCACUCGUCGCUGACAGCAUGACUCCAGGCCGGUUCCGCGAGUUGUACAAGUUUACGUUUCAGUUUGCUCGAAGCGACGGCCAAAAGAGUCUGCAGACCCCGGUUGCCGCGGCUCUGUUGCACCUUCUGCUGGCCGAGCAGCUGCCUGCCAUUGACUCUUUUGUCGAGUUUCUCAAUGAAACCCCGUCAUGCAAGGUCAUCAACCGGGAUCAAUGGAUGAGCAUCUAUGACUUUAUGAACUCGAUGGACCCAGAGCUGACCAAUUACGACGAAACUGCAGCGUGGCCUGUGCUACUAGACGAGUUUACAGAGUGGAUCAAAGAGCGCCGAGCAGCUGGGUUGCCGCUUUACACGCCACAAAACGGGGCAGGCGGGUAUUCUGAGCGGAUGAGCGUGGAGUGAACCAGCCUCUUUGUCGUUGUUUGCUUGAAUGCAGCUUGAGUUUUUGGCUUUUUUGCAAUGAAGAGAGUUAGAUUGAUGUG